AUGGCGGAAGAAGAAAAUCAAGAUGUCUUUCUACAAGAAAAUGAAGUAGAAGAAGUUGUAAACCAAGAUGAGAAUGAAAUGGAACAAGAUUUCGAGGAAAAUGAAGAAUUGGAUCAAGAUCAAGGUGCUGGUGGUUAUCACUCAGUAAUGGAUCAUUCCGUUCAAGGAUUCUUUGAACAUAAAGAUUCAGUAUUCUGUGUUUCUAUGAAUCCCGUGAAAACCAAUAUCUGUGCCUCUGGUGGCGGUGAUGAUUUGGCAUACAUUUGGGACAUCACCAACGGCGAGCAAGUUUGCCAGUUGACAGGCCAUAAGGAUUCUGUAGUUUCUGUGGGUUGGAGUUUUGAUGGUAAUUACGUUGCUACCGGCGGUAUGGAUAAUCAAAUUCGAGUAUGGAAAAGUGAGUCAGGCGUUGAAUUCAUCACCGCUACUGAAACGACUGAUGAAGUAGUUUGGUUAAGUUGGCAUCCUAAAGGCUUGUUCCUCGCUGCUGGAUGCAACGACGGUAGCGUCUGGAUGUUGAGUAUGCCUUCUGGUAAGGUUGUCCAAGUUUUCUAUGGCCAUACUGCUCCCACAAAUGCUGGCAAAUUUAUCCCUCCUGGUGUUGGCAAGCGUUUGGCUACAGUUGAUGACAUGGGUACUUUAAUCGUUUGGAAUCCAGCUACUGGUGACUCCGAAUGCCGAAUGACAGGUGAUGACCACCGAUUUGAUCCCGGCAACGAAGAAACCUCUGCAGGAUGGACAAGCUUCGAUAGUAACGGUGAUGGUAAUGUUUUAUUCCUCGGCGGCUCUUCCGGUAAAGUUAAAGUCGUAAAUAUUAACAAUAAUUACAUCUUGGCUUCGUUAGAAACACAGCGUGAAAGUGUAGAGGCUAUUACUUUAUGCCCUGUUUUACCUAUAUGUGCUUGUGCUAGCGUUGACGGUACAGUUGCUCUCUACGAUUCUUCAUCACUGAAAUUUAGACGAAGUCUAUAUCAUGGCCAACCUGUUAUUGAUUGCGUUUUCCUUCCAAAAUCUCCGUAUUUGCUUACUGCCUGUGCUGACUGUACCAUUCGUAAAUGGGAUGUCCGUUCUGGUCAACUUUUAGGCGAAUACACUGGGCAUCAGGAACCUAUACUCUGUAUGUCAAUCACUGCGGACGGGAAAAGGGUUAUUAGUGGCUCUGACGAUACAGAACUAUUAGUAUUUGACUGUGAAAACUAG